UAUACUUCUACUUUUUUGUAGACACUUAGAAUAUAUACAUCAUUUAUUAUGGUACCUCAAUUAGAUGACAUUGACGAUAAUAGUUUGAAGACAGCUCUUACACAAUUGAUUCAGGAAUAUGCCAAAGCUGGACCAACCAUUGCCCAACUGAUUGACUAUUAUCGCGCGAAACUUCACAAUACACCAGCAGCAACGAAUGAUGGGAAUAAGAAACGUAAACUGAUACCUGAUAGCAUGAACAUAGAUUCACAGGAUGAGCAAAGGACCAAGAUACCCGAUCUCAGCUUCCAGUUACCAGCUCGCAAGAAAUAUACCCUGGUGCUCACAAAAUCCUUUUUGCAACUGGUGAACGAGAAGACACACAUGGUGGAAUAUAGUAUUGCGACAUCCGACUUUGAAAUAGCUUGUAUCAUCCCUACACCGGAAAAACCAAUAGGUUCAUUCACAGCGGCUCUCUUCUCACAACGAUCUGAUCCUUUUGUCCUUUCGCUCCCUGACAAAGGCGCUUUGACCAUCCUCAACAAUAAUGAAGAACAAACCAUCACAUCACCCAUCGACAAGAAAAAAGUGCUAGUGGAUCUUUUGUUGACUUACCAAGUGGUCACUCCUGCACAAUUGGCGGAACCAUCCAACCAGUUUUAUGUAUGCUCUGGCGUCUCUCCAAGCACUGGUAAACCUGAUACCGAUCGAACAUUUGUCAAAACCUAUUUACGAAACAAAGAUGGCGUAUUGUACUUUUUACCUCAAGGUGUGUUAUUUGGCUUCAAGAAACCAACUAUGUUUAUCCCCAAUACAAUGAUCGCUGCUACCGUCAUCACCAACGUCACCAAACAUACGUUUGAUUUGGCCCUACAAUUAUUACCUGAUCACUACCCUCUGGGUGCAGCUGACGCGAUCUCUUGGACUCCUUUUUUGCAAGAGAUAGCCCAAAGACAAACGGUUUAUCUCCCUUUCAGUAUGAUUGAACAAUCGGAUUAUGCAGGCAUUGAAGGAUAUAUUAAAAAAGUGGGUAUCAAUGAUCGAAGUAUGACUGAAGCGACAAAAGCACCUGAACCUAUCAAAUCAUCCAAGGAACAAUACAAACAGGAAUGUGAUGAUGACGACAAUGACGAAGAACGACAAGCUAUACAAAAUAAUGACGAUGAUGAUGAUGAUGCCGAUGUAGAUUUCAUGCCAAACAACAAUAACAGUGAUGAUGAAGAUCCUUUGGAAUACGACUCCGAUGCCAGUCUAGAUGAUGAAGAUAACAAUGGUGAUGAUGAUGAUGAUCACCAAUCUGCUUCUCCUAUGGAUGAUGAUCAAGAUGAUGAAGUUGACUUAUUGGACGAAGAUAGUGAAUGAUGAUUGGAUCCUUUAGUAUAGUGUAUAUAGAUAGUGUUUAUACAUUGAUAGUUGUAUUUAUUUAUUUAACAAUAAUAAUCAUAAUCAUAAUAAUCAUAAUAAUAAUAAUAAAUGAUUUUCAUUAUUAUUUUC